AAACAAAGGAAAGAAAAGCGAGAAGAGCAUUUGGAAAGUUAGUAGUCUCAUCGUCCAUAGCACGCAGAAAAAUGUUCCACAUGUGUAGCGCGUCCACACUUAUUUGGAAAACCAGUCUAAACCACAAGAUUAUAUAAGAUUCUUCCAAUAUCACCCAAACCCAUGCGAGAUCAGCCAAGCUCGGCUCAACCCAAUUUUACAGACGGGGAAAGAUUGAAACUUGCGUAGAAAUAAGAUAGAGAUAGAGGGUUUGUGAAUAUGGAAGCUCGAGUUGGGGUGGUAGUGGAAGGAAAGCAGAGAGCUUUAAAUUCAGCUCAGGGAAGCGUGGUGGAUGGAGGUGCCAGGAAAUUUUUACAGCAACAGAGCCAAGCCAAGCAGUCUAUGAAUCAAUCGGCUCAGGUAGGCACGGUGAACCAGCUCUUAGCUGGUGGUAUUGCUGGGGCUUUUAGUAAAACCUGUACUGCACCUCUUGCUCGCCUCACCAUCCUCUUUCAGGUGCAAGGAAUGCACUCUGAUGUUGCGGCAUUGAGUAAGGCCAGUAUAUGGCAUGAGGCUUCACGUAUUGUAAACGAAGAAGGGUUUAGAGCAUUUUGGAGAGGCAAUCUGGUUACUAUUGCUCAUCGCCUUCCAUAUUCUUCUGUCAGCUUCUAUGCUUAUGAACGCUACAAACAAUUGCUGCAUUCACUUCUUGGCGAAAAUCUUAGGGGUAAUGCAAGUACAGACAUGUGUGUGCACUUUCUUGGUGGCGGGAUGGCAGGAUUAACCGCUGCCUCAGCCACAUAUCCACUGGAUCUUGUGAGGACACGUCUUGCAGCUCAGAGAAAUGCACUAUACUACAGAGGUAUUGGGCAUGCAUUUCAUACAAUUUGCAGAGAAGAAGGUUUUUUGGGAUUGUAUAAAGGACUUGGAGCGACACUGUUGGGUGUUGGGCCCAGUAUAGCAAUAAGCUUCUCAGUUUAUGAGGCUUUGAGGUCUUUUUGGCAGUCUGAAAGGCCCAAUGAUUCGACUGUCAUGGUCAGUCUUGCCUGCGGCAGUCUUUCAGGCAUUGCCUCAUCAACAGCAACAUUCCCUCUGGAUCUUGUGAGGCGAAGGAUGCAGUUAGAGGGGGCUGGUGGUCGAGCUCGCAUCUAUAAUACCGGCUUAGUUGGGACUUUUAAGCACAUAAUCCGGACUGAAGGCCUAAGGGGCUUGUAUAGAGGGAUUCUUCCAGAAUAUUACAAGGUUGUCCCCAGUGUAGGCAUUGUCUUCAUGACUUACGAGACACUGAAAAUGCUUUUGUCGCGCAUCCAAACAAGUGACUAGUUGCCUCUAAAUUUCCCAUUUUCCACUGUUGGUCAUGCCAUGGAAUUCGCGAACUCACUGGGGUUUCCAACAUAUGAAGGUAGGGAAGAGGAUAAAGUUGGUUAAACACACAACAUAGGUAGAAGAAUAGUUGUGGUAGUUGAGAAAUAUUUGGUGGUAAAUUUUGCUGUUGC